AUGCCUCUAAAGCACCAAGGGGUGCAGCACUUCCUUCGUAAAAGGGGAGUGGAUGUCUUGGCCAUUUUGGAAACCAAGUUAUCUCAUCGCUUGGCUGAUCAGAUUGUGGAAAAAAAAUUUGUGGGCUGGAAAUGUGAUCAUAAUUUCUCCUCCCAUGCUGCUGGUCGUAUCCUCAUCCUUUGGAAGCCACAGAAAGUCACUCUUACUGUCUUACACAUGUCUGCUCAGCUUAUGCAUUGCAGUAUUCUUGACAGCUCCUCUGGGAACAUUUUUCAGAUUUCGUUUGUCUAUGGUAUGCAUUCUAUCACAGCUAGAAGAGCAUUAUGGACCAGCUUACUGAACAUUGGGGCCACUAUGAAUAGGCCUUGGCUUAUUCUAGGGGACUUCAAUACCAUUCUUUGCCCCUCUGACAAACACCAUGGGAACUCUGUCACUGCUUAUGAGACUAGUGAUUUUCGUGACUGUUGUGAGGAGCUAGGUGUAACUAAUCUCAACAACCAUGGCUCCCAUUUCACUUGGACUAAUGGCCGUGUGUGGAGCAAGCUGGACAGAGUCCUCUGCAACCACUUGUGGUCUUAUGCUUUCCAGGAAUCUAGCUAUGAGUCUCCUGGUUUCGAAUCCAUCUCUGACCAUUCUCCCCUCAUUGUUUCUUUGGGAUCAUCAUUGGGUCGAGGUAAUGUUGCAUUUAAAUUCCAUAAUUCUGUUUCAGAAUUGCCUAGUUUCCUGCCAACAGUUUAUGAAGCAUGGAAGCUCCAAGUUAAGGGAAUUAAAAUGUUUGCUGUCUGCAAGAGAUUGAAGCAUCUCAAGGGCCCUCUCAAGCGGCUGUACAAUGAGCACUUUAGCAGGAUUUCCAACAGGAUUGAGGAAGCUGAAGCUGAGUAUAAUAAAGUUCUGGGAUCCCUCCAGUUGUAUCCAAAUGAGGCAGCUUUGCUUGGGUUAGCUGAUAGUAGUAGAAGACAGAUUAUCUUGUUGAGAAAAGCUGAGGCCAGCCAUUUCUCUCAGAUUUUGAAGAAUAAUUUCUUGUUGCAAGCCGACAGAUGUUCUAAAUUUUUCCAUGAAUAUAUUAGUAGCAAGAGACACCAAAGAUUCAUUGCUGCCAUUCACACUUCCGAAGGUAAUAUUCUGUCCUUGCAGUGUGAUAUUGCUCAAGCAUUUGUUUGUCAUUACAAAGACUUAUUGGGGGUGGAGAGGCCGAUCCAACAUGCAUCCAUUCCUAUUAUAAACAAUGGUCCUAAAGUCCCAUCUGAUUUUACUGCCAUGUUGCUUGGCACCAUAUCAAAAUCUGAUGUAUGGAAUAUUGUUGCUGGAUUUGAUGAUAAUAAAUCCCCUGGUCCGGAUGGGUUCAAUGCCAAAUUCUUUAAAGAAUCCUGGAGCAUCAUUGGAGAGGACAUUUUUUAG